CUGGCGUCUUUCUUUUGAUCACAUGACGCGACUCAGGUCAAGGUGCAGCGAUCACUUGUAAGUCGCCUCAAGGGAAAAUGUAUACAGGACAGAUCCUGCUGUCACUCCUGUUAGUCAUUGCGGUUUCGGAAGCCUUGUACAAGCGCUGGAUCCCUAAUACGAAUUUUGAGAAUGCCUCCAACUGGAUGGAGCAGAGGGUUCCCUGCGCCCAGGAUAAAGCCGUGUUCCCACGAGACAAGAGAGUCUCCAUCUUUGUGCAGUCUCCCCACCCCCUGACCGAUCUGUUCCUGCCCCUGGAUGGAGAAUUCAUCCUGUCACAUGGUGCUGGAUUUAUCGCUGCUUCCUGGGAGGAUCCAGGUUGUGGUCAAGGGACAUUUAUAAACUUCCACAAUGCAGAUCGGCAUCAAUGGACCGACCCAAAGCUGUGGUGCUCGGCUCUGACCACCGAUGAUCUGGACUCUGGCAGGUUCCUCUUUGCCGUGGAUGCAGAAUCCGUCCCCUGUCGCUAUGACGAUGUCAUCUUCUCCCCUGACACUUCUUUCCAGGUUCAGUUCAAGGAGACUGGAUCAGACGUUCAGCUCAGGAGCAUUUCUGUGCUGGGAGAGAAAUUCACAGACAAUGAAGAAUUUUCACAAUAUCUUCAGUCGCCCACUGGAAAGCUGCAGUUCCCCGGCCCGGCCCAUCCUCAAGUUACCAACCAGAGAUGCCAGGAGAGCACGGGCUGCUUGUGCGGCAAUGAUGGGAUGCUGCAAGAAAUUUGUUCUGCGCUUCUCCAGGACACUGAGAACAAGUGCCCAGAGGUGCCCUGUGCCGACCCCCUGCUGCCUGUAGGACAUUGCUGCGGCGUCUGCGGCGUCCUCAUCUCCAUGGAUUACUCCUCUGCAUUCAACCUAGAGGCCUACAGAAGCCGCCUCCUCCACAUGUUCCUCAGUCUGGAAAAAUAUUCUUCCAUCAAAUUGGCGAUUUCUAAAGUGCGGAAUCCGUCGGCCAUCUUGAGUCUAGUUCGAAUCGGUGAAGAACUAACAAUCCAGAUCCUACUGAUUGAUGGGAAGGAAGGGGCCCUGGCGGGAAGCGAUGCUCUGCAGCUCGGCUAUGACAUCAUGGCAGAUAUUGAUACACAUGGACAAUCUUUUGGCAUUACGAAGGCAGAGAUGCGUUUUGCCACCGGGGGUGUAACAAGUCCCCAAACAGCACCGUCCAUGUCCGCCGGGGCCAUUUCUGCAAUAGUCAUUGGCGUUGUUCUCGGGUUGUCAAUUAUCGGUGCCUCCUAUUUCCUGUACAGAAGGGACGGCUGCAGGUUUCCAUACUUACGGUCUUUUCAGUUUUGGAGGAACGGCUCUAGAUUGGAGGACACAGUCUCAGAGGAUCGAAAGGGAUUUGAAAAUCCAAUUUUUGAGCCAUCACCAGAAAAUAACCAGGAUUUGGCUAUUGGAGGAGACGACGUGAAGGAAGUGACUGUGCAGGAAAGUGGAUUUCAUUUCUCCAAUCCUGUAUUUGAUUCUAAUAUUGAUGUAUAAAGUAUAUGAAGCAAUUUCGGAGUACCGAUCAGCCUUCGAGACUUUUAGUCGCAGCGAUCAGCUUUCAUUCCAGCAUCUAAAGGGUUAAAUGGGCACUCUUAUAAAAACUAAUUUUUGCUAUUGCGCUCCUUA